GUAACUUAUUUGCAUGGGGAUGGAAUCCGCGGGCGGUGGAAAGGUCGCGGGGGACGCGUGCGCAGCGCCCGGGUUCGAGACAGCGGUGUCGACUGAAUGCAUUGAUAUAACUUGCGUAUGGUCUGCAAGAGACAGCUUUGGUGAUGAUGCUAUCGGUUACAUACAAGUAAAAAGAGCAAGUGAUGUUUGUACGGUCAAAUGUAGAAUCACGCGCGAACACCGCGUACGUACCACACGUUAUCGUUGCAGUAUAGAAUGUAAUGAAAAGGACCACGAAAUUUUAAAUAUAACUUGCGAAGAUUGUUUCGCUAACAGAGGCUGUAAACAUUGUCGAAGAGAGAACUCAACGACUAUUAAAUUUGUUGGAUGUUUUUGUGGUUAUAAUAAAAAUAACUAUUACUUUAGUGGUUGUAUUUGUACAUUUCGACACAACACAUGAUUUCCUAGUAUUUGGUUUGGUUAUUUUUGAAGGUAUUUAUAAUUUCUAAUGAAACGUAAGACGACUCC